UAAUAUCGUUAUGAUGUUCUGCAGCCACAAUAACAAAUAUUUUGCUGCAUCAAAUUAAUACACUGUCCGUCAAAUGUGUGUUUCUUCAGGUAGUAUUCAUACAUGUAUUUAGGUUUUUGUUGCAGUUGUUUGCUUCCUUGCAGGUUUUGGCUAGCACUGACCCCUAUUUGGAACUGUUCAUAAUUAAUCAUAAAAAAAAAAUUCUAACAGUUAGUGUUUCAGUUUUACUUUAUUACAGGUGAGUGGAACAAUUAUGUACUCCUGUCAAAUCAUCAUGACAGUUUAAAAAAAAAUCAUCAUAAAUAAAAAAAAAGUCGUAUUAAGAAAAACCAAUCACCUCAGUUGAAUACAUUAUAUUGUACACAGGAAGGCCAGUUGACAGGACAAGAUAUGACCUCAUGGGGGCGCUCUUGCUAUAUGCCCGCUUUCAAGUCAGGCAGCGUGUGUGCGUGUUUGUGUGUGUGUAGAGGGUCUCUCUUGCUCUCUCUCUCUGGUGAUCCAUUGUGCUUCCAAACUGCGAGGGAGACCACACGAGAUGCAAAGCCGGAGCAGAGUGUUGAAGUCCAGCAGAAGACCUUUGUGUCAACUUCUCUCAGUCCCUUCCUCCUCAUCCACAUCACUCGGGAUCAACCUUCAACCCAUCCCGUCCACCUCCAACUGGGAAAGUUGAAUCAGUUUGGAGAAGGGAAGAGAAGAAAAAAGUGGCCAUGAACGCCACGGGCUUCAACCACACGGAUGGCAGCUUGUUCAACAGGACAGAGGGCAUGCUGUGCUGCAACCUGUCGUCGGUAGUGACCGACCAAGGUUUGGCGGCCGCCUCCCCGGACGAGAGGAGCCUGUUCGUCAUGCGUGUGGUUCAGAUCGCUGUCAUGUGCGUGCUGUCCCUCACCGUGGUCUUCGGCAUCUUCUUCCUGGGCUGCAACCUACUCAUCAAGUCCGAGGGCAUGAUCAACUUCUUGGUGACCGACAGGAGGCCCUCCAAAGAGGCUGAGGCGGUUAUCGUUGGAGCCUACUGAACUCAAAACCCCGGACCAAGACUUGGGACCUGUGUCCGUGCACGAUGAGAUUACCCGGGAGGUAAAAACUAGUCUCUCCUGCGGGUCCUUUUUUCUAAGAGGCUGAUUUGUUGAUGCAGUAUUCACUGUUGUAAUGUUAGUCAGUUAGCAACAGUCCUUGUUAACCAUCAUUUGAUAUGUUUAUUGGAAAAGGACCAUCAUGUAAAUAUGUACUGAAUGUGUUUUUUGCAUACAAUAAGCACAAGUGUGAGUGAUAAAUUGGAAUAAAUCGACUCUGCAAUUAAACACUUGACACAGUCUGUUUCUGUAUAGUCCAGUUUUUUAUUUGUCUCCCCAAUAUAUGUGUAUGGAGAGGCCGACUGUCGCUCAUUUCACAUUUGAGCUCAUGAGUUCAUGAUUAGAAUAUCGGAAGAGUCCAAAAUCUGUUCAGUUGCUGACGUCACCAUUUCAUGAAAAAGCAUGCACCUCUAUAUUUAUUUAUUGUGGAACGUGCCACAUAUUUUUUAAUGAAUGUUGACUUCUGUUUGUUUGCUUUCAGUUUAUCCACUUGGAAGUGGUUCUCAUGCGAUCUGACUGUAAAUAUUAACAACUGUUCUGUGCAAUCAUUAAAAAGAAAAAUAUGAAAAAAA